AUGCAACACCAUUGCGUGUUUAUACUGGUCUACGUGGACGACGUCUUGGUGACUGGAAGCUCACUCGAGCUGAUUGCACAAACCAAGAACGACCUGAAGACGCGGUUCGAAAUGACGGACAGCGGCAAGUGUGCGUUUGUUCUUGGGAUCGAGCUUUUGGACGGUGAAGAUGGCAGUGUGACACUAUGUCAGCGUCGGUAUGUCGAUGAUAUCCUCAAGCGCUUUGGCAUGGAUGAUUGCAAGGCAGUCGCAAGUCCAGUCGACAUGAGCUCUCGACUUAUUUCAUGUGAUGCAACUACCAAGGUCGAUGCUCCUUUUCGCGAAGCUGUUGGUGCGUUGAUGCACCUGACCACUGCAACGCGUCCGGACAUUGCGUUUGCUGUGGGCUAUGUGUCGCGGUGUUGA